GAUUGUACUUUGGCACGUAGACCAAGUAGGGUCAGAUUGGAGAUAAAAAAGGAGAGAAGUAGAAUUCCGUCUGAUUAAGUCUGAUACCGGUCUGAUACAAGGAAUAGAAGCACGUGCUUGUAUAGAGUUGCGGCUGGUAGGAGUAUGGCAUGUAUUAUGCAAAAUAAUAAUGGUGAUUUAUUGACAGUUUUUGUCGUUUCCAUCUAAAUUCAAGUGCAAAGCGAAGUUGUGUUAGAAUAACGUUAAAUAAGUUUCUCCCAUAAGGAGUGUGUAUAAAAUGAAUAUAAAUUAGUAUGACUAAAUAUAAAGAAGCUAUAAUGUUUGGUUAAUGCUUGGCAUUGAAACAAGGUGGUUUUCGUUUGAAGUUACAGAAGCAGCAACACUGUGCAUCAGUCACUGCCCUAACAUGUUUACCGUGUUAGGCAUUCCGUUAAUUGGGACCCUUUUCCUGCCUACUCUGUUGGGUGUCAUAACCUUUUACAUUAUUUGGUCCCUUUCCACCAGAAGGAAGGAUUCAAGCUGCACUGGUGGACUGAGUUCAGCAGCAAGAGAACCAAGCGAUCCCAUGCUUGCUGUGAAUGAUCUCACUUCGAAGCCAGAAACGAAAGUGUUUGGUAACAGAGCAGUUUCAUCCCCAAAUCUUCAGUCUGAAGAUAAUUCAUGUACUGAAAGCGAUGUAUAUAGUGUGACGCAAAUAAAGGUGCAAUAUGCUUCAAAUUCAAGGAGAAAAGUGUUCAGGAGUAAAGCAGGAGACCAGUGCUCACAGACUGUACAAGUCGUAAGUGACCUUACAAAGAAGAAUACAAGAAAGAAGCGUUGUAAAGGUAAACCUGGAUGUUGUUCAAAGAAGAAUGGUGCAAGUACCAUUUUAGAAGGAACCAUUGAAACUGUGAAAGUGUUUUUUGGUACACAGACAGGAAAAUCUAAGAUAUUCAGCACAGUACUGGCAGAAGGCUGCGAGCAGAGGGGACUGAGCUCGGAACUGGUUGAUCUGGCGAGUGCUGAUCCCGAGGAGAGGCUGCUAGAAGAGACAUCUGGAAACAGUCUCUGUGUAUUCAUUUUACCAACAUACACAGAAGGAAAACCACCUGAAAGUGCUGCUUGGUUUUACAAAUGGCUUCAGGAAGCUUCCAAUGACUUCAGAGUUGAAAAGGAAUUGCUUAAAGGCAUGAAAUUUGCUGUAUUUGGAUUGGGCAACUCGCAGUAUAAAGCUCAUUUCAAUGAGGUUGGGAAACAAGUAGAUGGGUGGCUGCAAGAACUGCAUGCUGCUCGUUUGAUAAAGCUUGGUAUAGGUGAUGAAGACACAGUUGCCAGCAAACAUGGAAGCAUUGAAGCUGACUUUCAAAAUUGGAAUAGCCAGCUGUGGGCACGAGUGGACAAGUUGAGGGCUGCCUGCCAGUGUGAUGCAACUGAACAAGAUCAGGCAGAAUCGUCGUGUGAUUCGAGUAGCGAAGGUUGCUAUUCUGAUGGCGAUAGUUCAGAACAAGAUUCACGUGGAAAUGGAGUCUUGGAUUUGGAGGAACUGGGCAGUUUCUCAAAUUCUUUGCUGGCAGCUCGAGAGAGAAAAUUUGAAGAUAAUUCACCGAGAGAAAUGGUGACUGCACUGCUGAAAGAGAGUCUGACCAAGCAAGGGUACCGAAUUGUUGGUACACAUUCUGGUGUCAAGCUCUGCCGUUGGACCAAGUCCAUGCUCCGAGGCCGUGGAGGCUGCUACAAACACAGUUUCUAUGGUAUAGAAAGUCAUCGCUGCAUGGAAACGACACCAAGCCUGGCAUGUGCUAAUAAGUGUGUGUUUUGUUGGCGGCAUCAUACAAAUCCUGUGGGCACAGAAUGGCGCUGGAAGAUGGAUCCCCCUGAGCAGAUAAUGACGGAAGCUCUAGAGAACCAUUAUAAUAUGAUCAGACAGUUCAGAGGUGUACCUGGAGUUCUGCCAGAGCGAUUUGCAGAAGGGAUGGACGUAAAACACUGUGCAUUAUCAUUGGUUGGUGAACCAAUUAUGUACCCAGAGAUCGGUAGUUUUGUACGGCUCCUCCAUGAACGUGGAAUUUCAACAUUUCUGGUCACAAAUGCUCAGUUCCCAGAAGCCCUGAGAGAUUUGAGUCCAGUAACACAGCUGUAUGUGAGUGUGGAUGCCAGUACCAAAUCCAGUCUCCGUAAGAUUGACCGUCCUUUAUUUAAAGACUUCUGGGAGAGAUUUAUAGACAGUCUGAAAGCCCUUUCUGAAAAGGGUCAGCGGACAGUUUAUAGACUCACACUAGUGAAGUCGUGGAAUGCAGAUGAAAUCGCAGAUUAUGCCAAAUUAGUUGCCAUUGGCAAACCAGAUUUCAUUGAAGUAAAGGGUGUCACUUAUUGUGGGACUUCCAAAGCUAGUAACUUAACAAUGGAGAAUGUACCUUGGCAUGGAGAAGUUUUAUCAUUUGUGAAGAAACUGGGAGGUCUGUUACCAGAUUAUGAUAUUGCUUCAGAACACGAACAUUCCAAUUGUGUUCUGUUAGCUCAUCAGAAGUUCAAAGUUAACGGAGAAUGGUGGACCUGGAUUAACUAUGAUAAAUUCCAUGAACUAAUGAGGCAGUACUAUUUGACUGAUGGAGCAUCCACUUUUACAGCAGAGGAUUAUAUGUGUAAGACUCCUUCAUGGGCUGUGUUUGGGGCCUUAGAGAGAGGAUUUGAUCCAGCAGAGAAACGUUGGCAUCGCAAGACAUUGCCAAAAAAGGAUAUAUCUGGCUGCUGAUCUGUAUUGAGUGUAGUGAUAACAAAAUGCCAUGUAUAAACCAUAAUUUAAAAUACAGACUGCUUUUAUUAUUAAUUUAAUUAAAAUUUCUAAUUUAUGAUCUUACACAGUA